GCCGCCUGUGGAAGAGCUGGCAGACUUGGGGGGGGGGGUGGUGGCGAGAAGCGUCCAGGAAAGACUCAUCCAGGCGGGGAAAGCGAGCGGAAAAGACAGCGAAAGACAGUCUGACAACGUCGGCGAAAUUUUCCAGGUCCUUGUAAGCCGCUUGGUGCGCCUUCUGGACCGUCGUGCUCGUCAAAUCGGCGCGUAUUUGACAACCGUUUCAAGGCACGGUGACUCAGUGACCGCCUGCUUUGUGGAAGGCUGCCUGUGUGAUUACUCCGGUGGAAGAAUCAGUGGGGGAAAUACAGUACAGUACAGUGUGCAAUACAGUACAGUGUACAAUACAGUACAGUGUACAAUACAGUGCAGUGUACAGGACAGUAGCUUUUGCUUAUAACUGUUUAAUAGAGAAAAAGAGCCCCCUGACAAAUGUUUUCGCCACAGCUGAACACUUUUACACGAGUGCACCCAUCAGGACACAAAUCUCCUCCUUGGAUUAUAACUUCAUUAUUGUAAUCCCCCCCCCCGCCCCAUCAUCAUCAUGUACGGAAGCUCCCGUUCCGUUUCCAAGCUGGACGUUGUGGGAUCCAACGGCUCAGGAAGCCCGGGACGUUCCCCUCGGCUGCCCCGCUCCCCACAUUUGGGACACCGACGGAACGGCAGCAGCAGCUCCACCAGCGGCGGGCUCACUGUCUCAGGGAAAACCUUGUCCAUGGAGAAUAUCCAGUCGCUCAACGCCGCUUAUGCCACAGGGGGCCCGAUGUACUUCACAGACGGUGCAGAAGACCCAGUCGGACUCGGGAGCCUCGGCAGUGGCUUAAACCCAUCGUUGCCCAAAAGCACCAUGACUCUGGGCCGGGCUGGGGCAAGGGUGCCCUACGGGAUACGGUCUGCCUUUGUGGGGAGCAGCCCCAAUAUCAACACUGGAUUAGGUGGAGGGGCUGGGGGGAUCAUCGCCAGUGAUGCCAUAGCAUUUGGUGGGGAGGGGCAAGGGCAGACCCCACUGGCUGCCACUGUGCCACACUCCAUGAGACAGCAGGUGAGAGAGGGCGCCAUGACGGACCUGCAGACCCAGCUGAGAGAAGUCCUGAGAGAGAAUGAACUUCUCCGCAGAGACUUAGAUGCCAGGGAGUCCAAGCUGAGCUCGUCCAUGAACUCCAUCAAGACCUUCUGGAGUCCAGAGCUGAAGAAAGAACGUGCGCUGAGGAAGGACGAAGCCACAAAGAUGGCCGUAUGGAAGGAGCAGUACAGAGUGGUGCAGGAGGAAACGCAGCAUCUCCAGUGCACCAUCCAAGCCCUGCAAGACGAGCUCCGUAUCCAGCGAGAUCUCAACCAGCUCUUCCAGCCCGACUUCUCCGAGUCGGGUCACCUCGGGUCCCUGCACGCCGUCUCCCCGCAGGAAAUGACGGAGGAGAACUUCCUGCGUCUCCACAGCGAAUACGAGCGCCAGGUGAAGGAGCUCUUCCUCCUGAGGAAGACGUUGGAAGAAAUGGAGCUGAGGAUCGACACCCAGAAGCACACGUUGAAUGCAAGGGAUGAGUCCAUCAAGAAGCUCCUGGAAAUGCUGCAGAGCAAAGGCCUGUCAUCGUGCACCACUGAGGAGGACCAUGAGCGGACGAGACGCCUGGCUGACGCCGAAAUGACCAUCCACCAGCUGGAGGGCCUGCUGGAGCAGAAGGACAAGGAGAUGCUGCAACUUAGAGAGGAGCUGCACAGGAGGUACGAAGCAGCUCCUGAGUCCACCAAGACCAAAGCCCUGCAGACGGUCAUCGAAAUGAAGGAUGCCAAGAUCAGCUCGCUGGAGCGCGGCAUGAGGGAGCUGGAGGACGAGGUGAACAUGCUCAAGUCCAACGGUGCGCUGAGCUGCGAGGAGCGAGAGGAGGAGAUCAAGCAGAUGGAGGUGUACAGGUCGCACUCCAAGUUUAUGAAGAACAAGGUUGAUCAGCUAAAGGAAGAGUUAGGUCACAGCCAAUCAGAGAAGGAGGCGCUCAAGGAACGGGCCACUGAGCUGCAGCGUGAGGUGUCCGCAAUGGAUCAAGCCAAGCAAGAUCUGAAUCGUAAGGACAGCGACCUUCUGGCUCUCAGGACCAAGUUGGACACUCUGAACAACCAGUUUUCUGACAGCAAACAACAUGUGGACGUCCUUAAGGAGUCUCUCACGGCCAAGGAGCAGAGGGCCGCCAUCUUGCAGACUGAGGUGGAUGCUCUACGCAUUCGCCUGGAGGAAAAGGAGUCGCUUCUGUCCAAAAAGAGUAACCAGAUAUCCGAAAUAACGGACGAGAAGAGCACCCAGCACGGCGAGAUCAGCGACCUCAAAGACAUGCUGGACGUCAAGGAACGCAAAGUCAACGUGCUCCAGAAGAAGAUAGAGAAUCUCCAGGAUCAGCUGAGGGACAAAGACAAGCAGCUGAGCGGCCUUAAGGACAGAAUCAAAUCUCUGCAGACGGACACGUCCAACACCGACACGGCCCUGGGAACCCUGGAGGAGGCUCUUUCCGAGAAGGAGCGCACCAUAGAACGACUGAAAGAGCAGCGGGAGAAGGAGGAAAGAGAGAAAGGCGAUGAGAUGGAGUCUACCAAAAAGGAGCUGAAGGAUCUGAGAGCGAAAGUUUCCCAGAUGCAGGCUGACCUUGCAGAGCGUGAGGCGUGUGUUUUGGACCUAAAAGAGAAGGCAUCCUCCCUGGCCUCUUCGGCUCUGAAGAAGGACAACCGUCUGAAGAGUCUGGAGAUUGGUCUGGAGAAAAAAAAGGAAGAGUGUGUCAAACUGGAAAACCAGUUGAAAAAGGCUCAGAGUGCGGCCGUGGAGUCUGCGACCAGCACUGAACUCUCGGAACGAAUCUCUCGCCUGGAGCAGGAAGUGAGCCGUCACAAAGAAGAUGCUGGGAAGGCUCAGUCCGAGGUGGAGCGCCUCCUCGACAUCCUCAGGGAGAUGGAGAACGAGAAGAACGACAAGGAGAAAAAGAUCCAUGAGCUGGAGAGUCUUGCCUCCAGGCAGAUGAAGGAUCAGUCCAAGAAGGUGGCCAACCUGAAGCACAACGAGCAAGUGGAGAAGAGCAAGAAUGUCCAGCUGAUGGAGGAGGCCAAGAAGAGGGAGGACAACCUGAACGAAAGCUCCCAGCAGAUAAAAGAUUCUCUGCGCAAUAAGGAGGAGCGCAUUGAGGAGCUGGAAGAGGCUCUGAGAGAAAGCGUUCAGAUCACUACAGAGCGAGAGGUGGUGCUCGCUCAGGAGGAACACGCCCGCACACAUGCUGAGAAACAGCUGUCACACAUUGAGCUCAGCGCGGCCGGCUUUAGGUGGUCAAAGGUGGAAGACCUGCUGGUUGCCAUGGAGAAGGUGAAACAGGAGCUGGAUGUGAUGAAAGCCAAGCUGUCAUCCACUCAGCUGUCACUGGCCGAGAAGGAGGGUCACCUGACCGCCCUGCGGGCCGAGCGGCGGAAGCACCUGGAGGAGGUCCUAGAGAUGAAACAAGAGGCACUGCUGGCGGCCAUCAGCGAGAAGGACGCCAACAUUGCCCUGCUGGAGCUCUCCUCAUCCAAGAAGAAGAAAACCCAGGAAGAAGUGUCAGCACUGAAGAGGGAGAAGGACGGCCUUGUGCAGGAGCUCAAACAGCAGACUCAAAACAGGAUGAAGUUGAUGGCUGACAACUACGAGGACGAGCACCUGAAGGCUGAGUUGCCUAACAACCACAAGCCCUCACCAGAUCAGAUUCUCUCUCCUCUCUUGGAUCUGGACCAGAACCGCAGCAAGCUGAAGCUGUACAUCAGUCACCUGACCUCGCUGUGUCAGGAGCGAGACCCCGUCAUACUGCAGGACUUAGCCCCGCCCCCGGCCUAUCACCGCAUAGACUCCGCCUCCUGGCACGCGGCGCUGCACAGCAUGACGCAGGAACAGUUGGAGGCGGAGUUAGCGUUGUGCGAGAGGGAGGGGGCGGAGCUUCAGGAGUACGCCAACCAGGUCUUGCAGCAGAUCGCCGACCACUGCCCCGACAUUUUGGAGCAGGUGGUCAACGCUCUGGAGGACAGCAGCUGACAAAGUGGACGUCCAUCGGCGGAGAUGUCCACAAUCCUACAUAAUAAUAAUGAAUAAUUUGUGUGCACAGUGAGUGUUGACGUGCACGUUGUCGUCUUCGUCUCCUUCUGGACUCAGUGACUGACUCGCAGUAAUUCAUCCUUGACUUUACACUUUUAUGUGUGACAACUUAAGGAAGGAAUAUUCUUGUUAUAAGUGGGGAGAAGACGUAAAAGUUACAUAUGUUUUCUUUUGCUAAUGUAUAUGUAUACGGUAUAUGAUAUGUGUGUAUAUAAAACUACAAUUUAGGACAGAUGGGAAUCAUCAAAGUGUGGAUGAAAAAAUUGAAUAAAAUAGGAAAACACUUUUCCUCACAGU